CGUUGCUCUCCCAAGAUGGCGGCGCCCGUGAGCGAGAGUGGGAAGGGGCUGCUGGGCGAGGCGUGUUCCGUUCUCCCGGGCGGCGCGGCUCCGUACGGCAACUUCCCGGACUACUCCCGCUUCCACCCGCCGGAAGGGCGGCUCCGCCUCCUGCCCGCCGCGCUCCUGAGCCAGCUGUUCCCCAGCCCACGGGCCGGCCCGCUUUUGGGGCUGGACGUGGGGUGCAAUUCCGGGGAGCUCAGCACUGCCCUCUACAGCCACCUUCUUGGGUUUGGAAAGAGUGAAGCUAGCCAUGUGUGCUCAGUGCCUGAAAAGGAUCUGUGCCUCCUCUGCUGUGACAUUGACCCUGGGUUGAUUGAAAGAGCCAAGAAAUGCAGCCCCUUCCCGGGUGCCAUCUCCUAUGCCACCCUUGAUAUCAUGGACACCGAUGCAAGGGAGGUGCUGCUGAGUUCCUAUCUAAGCAGUUUUGGCCGCUUUACCUUUGAUAUUUGCUUCUGUAUGUCUGUGACUAUGUGGAUCCACCUGAACCAUGGGGACAGUGGCUUGGUGAAGUUCUUGUCCUGCCUUGCCUCACAAUGUACAUAUUUGCUCAUUGAGCCUCAGCCAUGGAAGUGUUACCGGGCAGCUGCCCGACGCCUGCGGAAACUGGGAAGGAAUGAUUUCGACCAUUUCCGAUCGCUCACCAUCAGUGGGAACAUGGCAGAGGAAAUCACACAGAUCUUGACCAAGGGCUGUGCCAUGGAACUGGUGUGUUGCUUUGGUAGCACCAGUUGGGACAGGAACCUCCUGCUAUUUAAAUCCAAAGAGACCAGAUCUCUGCCGUGAUCAAGGACUUUGCCGUUUAGAGAGAAAAAGUGGUAGUGAUUGGUAGAGCUGCCUGUUCCCUACAGUGAUAGAACUGCACUGCAAGAGUGCAGAAAAAACAGAAAGGAGCAGCGUACUUAGCAGCCUUAACAUUAUGCAUUUUUACUAUUUAUUUUUAAAAAUACUUUUCAGGCCAUUCAGGCUGCCAAAAAAGGGUCUGAAUAUACAUGGGAAAUAAUGAUGCAGCCCUAAAAACUUCGAAUGUGGUUUUGAUUGUUAUUUUUAUUUAUAUCCCACCUUUUAUCCAAGAUUGGGAGUGAAGAUGGCUUGAAGAGUGCUGAACAGAGGGUUCCUGCUUGAUGGGAGGAAGGUUUUGGGUUCAGCCAGCAGUUUCACCCUCCUUAUGAUGAGAAGAAAGGAAAUAAAAUAUGUGGCAGAUUGUCUCAGCUUACAGAACAGAGAUAGAUUCCCUGAUCCAGCUUUUCUUACAUUUGAUAUACAUGUGUUUGUUAAAUAAAAACAUGUCAUUCUUUA